AUGAACGGCACAAUUGAUUCACGCUAUUUGUGUUCGCUGUGCAAAAACAUCCUCAAAGAUCCUGUCCAGACGGGUUGUGGCCAUGUUUACUGCAUCUCUUGUAUUUCUCACCUCAAGGGGUAACUGAAUCACUGAUCAUAAUUUCAAUAAAUUUCGAAAAACAAGCCUAAACAAAGCCUUGUUAUAGGAACUAUGCAAUGUAAAAUAAUCUCAAGGGUUCAUGCACCUUUUGCAGAUAAUGUAUGAAGGUUUUGGUUGACUGAGUAAGCGAGGGAUUAGUGAAAUCAAUUGUAAGAUCUUUUGCUCACGUGAAUUUGCCUAAAGAACUGCUUACAUUAGCAUCAUCAUUAAAGCACCCAAAUUUCAACAUUACGAAUUUUUCCAUUGACAGGGAUGAUGGAACCUACAUCUGUCUUGUUGACAAGGCACCCUUUGCGGAAGACCAGGUAAAUUUGUAAGGACACGAAUAUGGAAACGAUCCUCGCAGUUACGAACACUACUUCAGUACGCAGUGAAACUAAGGCCUGAAAAAAUUCAGGCCCAUGCGGGAUUUGAACCCAUGACCUCUGCGAUACCGGUGCAGCGCUCUACCAACUGAGUUAACAAGCCGACUGGGAGCUGGUCAUUAUGUUGUCAUAUACGCUUCCAUAUUCGUUUCUUCAACCACAGUUCACACGUAUGAUUUCACAUAUUCACAGUCAUUUAUUGCAAUGACACAUUCUUAACAUGAAUAGAUAUUGUUGGUGCUAAAGGAUACCAUAAUAAUCAAGCCCAAGACCUGUUUUGAUAACAUUUUUUAACGGAAAACGUUUCUUAAUUUGUAUGCAGAUAUUCCCCGACAACUUUAUGAAGCGCGAAGUUCUUUCCCUCGUAGUCACAUGCCCUAAUUCACCGGAUGGCUGCAAGUGGAAAGGAGAAGUGAGACAUAUUGAGGUAAGUCAAAGUCAGAAAAGUCAAAGAACCAGUCACACUACAAUUCGCAGGUAGGAUUUACCAUCCGAUAAAGUAAGGAUAAAGUCUGAAUUUCAUCGGUUGAGAAGGGGAACCAAUUCUUUGGAAAAAAAAAUGAGGCAAUGGCGAUCGAAAUUGCUAUCUUUUUUACCUGUAAAUCAUAAGCCAUCAUAUUCCCUACUUAUCUCCUCUCGAAACCUAGUCUAUUGUUUUUCGAUGCGUUCUGCCGAAAAAAAAUUAACUUUUCCCAGCCACGCACACCGGUUGGCAAAGAGACUAAAACUACCGAGUUGUUCAAAGUGUAUUCCUACCACUACUGCAAAACUAUAUCAGGCGAGGAAAAAGUCAAACAGUACACAAAGAGCGGCACUAUAAUUUUCUUUUCCUUCUUGUGUAGAAACACCGAUCUACCUGCCCUGAGGAAAGAGUAAACUGCUCUAACUGUAACUGUCAAAAACGUGUGAAAAGAUCCGAUCUUCAGCGACAUCAGGAACAUGAGUGUCCGUAUCGCACCCAACAAUGUCCGUUGUGCGGUGAUUCCAUGACUGCUGCUGUUCUUGAGGUCAGUUUGAUCACCCUCUAAAGUUACUUUUACCGCAAUAACUCUUCUCAUUCAGGCUUUUUUUAAAUCAUACGGCCAGUUUAGUUUAGUUUGUUACAGGGACAACAACAUAAAGCCGUGCUUUUCAUAUAUGCGUAUGAUUAAAAUUAACUCUAAACCAUUUGUAAUAAGUGACAACAAAUGGCCAACUCCUUUUAACAUGUCGAGUGCGCCUCUUUCUUUAUUACCAGUUUUCCGCGAACACUUGCAUUCAUACGUACCUUUAUUGAAACAUCCUCAAAGCAAAUGGAUUCUCAUCAAAAACUAAACAGAUGUUAACAAAAAUUGUUCCGACCCUCGUUCUUGUUUGUUAUUCACUUCUGUUUUUGUCUCGAUUCCAAACUUUUAGACUCAUCAAAUACAGGAUUGCAAAAUGUAUCCCAUUCAAUGUGGUAGAUGUGGCAAAGAAGGAAUUCCGCGAGGAGAGGUAGCCAUGUUUAAAACGUCAUCCAACUGCGUACACAUUUCUUCUGGUGGACAGCCAAAACAGUUGAACUAAAUCUGAGUAUUACUUUAAGAGAUUUAUCUCAAAGCUAAGGGAGAAGUUUUACCGUAUUCGUGUGAAGCGCUACAUUUGCAUCAGUAUGUCAUUUUUGCAGUUGAUCUAUUUCAUUUUUGUAGUGCACCAAAAUCUGCAGAAUUAGAUCGUACAACUUAAGUGUCCACCUUUCCUUAAAAAAAAAAACAAUGAACCAAAUAUUACACUGCUCUUCUAAGACACGGAAAUUUAAAGAAACCCUUCUGAGUUGUCGACCUGGGCUUAUAACUAAGAUUUUUACCGUCCCUUCAAUCCUCACAGAUGGAUAGCCAUGUUAAUCCCAUUCAUGGUGACUGUGAGGCAGUCGAGAGGACCUGUGCAUUUCAACAGAUUGGUUGCAGCAACAACAAGGUUCGUAUUAUCUGAAGAUUUUACCUAGUUGCCUUUUAAGAACUAUUGAAAUAAAAUUUAUCCUUCGUAUGGGCCACCUGCCGAAGUGAUAAUAAAUUUUCCCAACAUUUCACUAUUCGAAACACUAGUGUAUCAACUGAAGUCCCCUUCAAAGCCGUUUUAUUGAGAUGUCUAACGUCUUCAAAAACGGCUGCAAAAUAUAUUCAACCGGGGACACUAAAUCUACGAAAGUUGCAAUAAAAGCAUCAAAAAAGGCAAAGACGAUUUGUCAAAUAGAAAUUUCGUUUACACAAACCAACUACCAAUAAUCAAGGAUGAUUUUCUUAAACCCCUGUACUAACAGAAAAUGAAGCAAUCCGAGGUCAAGAAACAUAAUGAGCUGAGUGCAAUUUUGCACUUAAAUCUACUCUUGACGAGUGUUCUUCGGCUAGAAGAGCAAGUGAAAAGUCAGCUCUCUAUGGGUGGUGCAUGGGGUGGUGGCACCUCCGAUCAGUGGAUGAGACGAUCGGAGAUGACCAUCGCUAACGCCAUAUCAAGCAUCGACACAGUGGUACGCGAGCAAACCGACUUACGACAGAAGCUAGAAGAUAAUUCUAUGAGACUUGUGUCGAUGGAAAAAAGAGUUUCAACCCAUAGAGACCAGUUCCCACAAUCGGCAACUUUCUCUUCGUUACAACCACUCCCCAUUUCGGACGAGAUUUCACGACGUCUCACAAAUGCCGAAAAUGGCACCAAUAAUAUCGAGUUCUUGGUAAACGAAACAAGGCGUGAGUUGAACGAAGUGAGACAAGAAGUAUCGUCUGUUAAACGCCAAUUGGAUGGCGCGGUGGACAGUAUUAGACGACUCGAACGAAGAAUGGAGUCUGUAGAACAUAAUUUGGCGCUCAGAAAUAUUGUUUUGUCUGAUAUCGAAGAACAUGUUCAAAAGCAGCAAGUUUCUACAUAUAAUGGGAUCUUACUCUGGAAAAUAUCAGAUUUUGCACGUAAGAAAAAUGAUGCCAUAACUGGGCGAGAGGUCUCAAUAUAUAGCCCGUGCUUUCAUACCAGUCAGCAUGGUUACAAAAUGUGCGCGCGACUUUACUUAAACGGUGAUGGAAUGGGUAAAGGAACCCAUCUGUCGCUGUUCUUCAUUGUCAUGCGUGGAGACUACGAUGCAUUACUCCGCUGGCCAUUUAGACAGAAGGUGACCUUCAUGCUGUUGGAUCAAGAUAACGUAGAGCACGUGGUUGAUGCUUUCAGACCCGAUCCAAACAGUUCAUCUUUCCAAAGGCCACGAAGGGAAUCAAACAUUGCGAGUGGGUGCCCGAUGUUUUGUUCUCUAUCGGAGUUAAAUAACCACGCCUAUGUGAGAGACGAUGUUAUGUUCCUGAAGGUUAUUGUAGACACAACAGAUCUCUGA